AUGGCGGACGCGGAGGCCCCGUCCGCGCUGGACCUCGUCCGGGGCGAGAAGAUCCUCGUCACCGUCGACUCGGCCCUGCCGGACAUCAUCGUCGUCUCCUUCGAGCACGGAGCCAAGUCCUUCCAAGGGGCGCUGCUCGAUGCUACCAAAAGGGGCCUCCCCUGCGGCGUGCAGCCUCCGGAGCCGGUCCCCGACCCGGACGGAGACAAGCUGGCGACGAUCGCCUCCAGGUUCAGCUACUUCCAGGAGAAGAGGGUUCCGGCGCCCGCCAAGAUCGACCUGAGGCGCAACAUCAAUCCCCCGGCGCGUUACAAGCACGCCCGACCCACCGUCCGGCUGCGCCCUCGGCAGGUGCUCUGCAGCAAGUGCAGGUCUAUCUGCAACGAGAACAGCGAGAACGUCGACGUGAGCCGCAAGCGGAAGCACGAGCCGGAAGAGCCCGCGGCGCCGACGCGGCGGAGCGACCGCCGCUGCAGCCAGCAGCAGCCUCCGGCCCAGAAGACGCAGAGGAGCCUCUUCUCGGAGAGCCAGUCGGACAACACCUCGGCGGCCUCGAGGAUGCUCAAGUCGCCCCUCGGCCCGGUCGCCGAGCCCACCAAAAUGGCGCCCUCGCUCAUCCCCAAGCUCGCCAGGCUCCAGCCCAACGAGAUCACCAGCGCCCUUCACGGAACAGGCAAGAUGAAGCUCGUCCCUGGGGUGCAGUCCUCGACGUACUGGACGAGAGGCGAAGACGAGGUGGCCAGAAACCCGGAUGAGUCCUUGGAGAGCCCGGUAGAGUCCAUGGAGCUAGGGAGCAACCCCUCGACGGCGUACUGCGCGACCCCGAGGCGACUCAGCAGUUCCUCCGUGGAGAGUGCAAAAGUUCCGGACGAGGGUGAAAAAAGGACCUUAGCCGCCGCGGACUCGACGAUGCGAGUCCGAGGUAACAGGGUGCCAAGGAAGAAGAGGUCGGUGGGGUCCAUGGAGGACCUCUGGGACGAGUCCGUGUUCGAGGACCCCACGAGGACCGCCAGGACGACCCCGGUGAUCAAGAUCUCCUUCGGCGCCCAGGGCGAGGGCACGGUGUUGAAGAUCCCCUCGAAAAUCCAGGACCCCUACGACCAGGAGGCCGAGACCGACCCCGAGGACGUGCUCCAGGAUGUCGAGAAGGACCCGCUGGAGCUGCCGAAAACCUCCGAAAACGAGAGCGACUUCCAGAAGGACGUCGAAGAGGACGGCCUCCAGGAACAGGUUGACCCGCAGAAGCAAGGGGUCAAGGACGCCAGCGCAAAAGCUGCCAAGAGAGCCCUGAAGAAGGCCAAGAAGGAGGCCAGACGAAAGAUGCUCGGCGGCGUUUCUCCGGCCAGGUCGCCCUGCAACGGAUCCCCGAGGUACAACACCACCUACGAUCCGAUGUCCUACCACCGCCGCAAGCACAAAGUCAAGCACAAGAAGAAGCACAAGGAGGAGCGGAAGCACAAGAACCAGCAGCAACAACAACAGCAACAGCUCUGCCAGGAGGAGUGCGGGGCCGCGAGUCAACAGCAGAACUGGAACGUCCUCCCGGGUGGAGACACCUACACGGCCAUCAAGGAGCAAUGCCUCAAGCAGAAGCUCUCGAUCUCCCUGAAGAGGCUCAACACGAACGCCUACGCCAGGUGCGACUACCCCGUCAGCAACGCCUCCUCCGGGUGCAAGUCCCCCGGGGCCAGCAGCGACGAGCUCAGCGAGCAGGAACCCGAGGUCGAUGCCGGAGAAACCGCUCCGGACUUUCCGCCACCGGCGCAUCCUCUCGUCAUGAGACUCGCCGCCACGCCCGUUCCGCACUGUCUCACCGCCAACGGCAGGAGGAUGGACGUCGGCGACGUGGUCUGGGGGAAAAUCCACGGGUUCCCCUGGUGGCCGGGGAAGGUCCUCAGUAUCACGGUGUCCUGCAAGGAGGACGGCUCCUCCGCGGGACCUCAGGCCCACGUGGCGUGGUACGGAUCAUCGACGAGUUCCUUGAUGUCCUGCGAUCAGCUCAGCCCAUUCCUGGAAACCUUCAAGACUCGGUACAACAAGAAGAAGAGAGGCCCUUAUAAGGAGGCGAUCCGGCAGGCGCAGAACGAGGCUCGCAGCCAGAUCACGCCUAACUCGACGAGCAACGUCCUGGAUGUCUGCAGAUCGCCCCGGGAGGUGAACGUUCUCUCCUAAAACGGGACCGAGCAGUCACGCUGGGUCUGGACCCCCUCACUGCCUGUAAUUCGGCCAGGAAUUACGAUUUGUAACAUAGAGACCUGUACAUAACGAAGCGUUAGCGUUAGACACCGAUCGGAUCGGUCGUUCUAAGGCGGCUCGCGGCGCCACUGUCGACUUGGCUACAUUCUACGGUUUUUAAUCGGCUUUAAGGCGAUGCCAAAGUGCCGUUCGAGGGUUCUCGUUUAUGAGUUCUUUUCUGUCUGGAUGCAGCGAAUCGUUAAAAAUGUUACCGCAAGACUGUGGGGCCAUAGGGAAGAUAUAACACUAUGAAAAUUCCUUUUUAUUAAAUUUUUGGGAUGUCAGAGCCUUCCUUAAAACCUUCAUAUUUACGUGGUCGGAUUCCGGACAAUUGGAUACACCCAAUUCGGAGAAAAGUGCCAUAAACGAUCAGAGCCUUCAAAUGCCACUUCCAUGCCACCUUAAUAGCGACGAGAGGGCACGACGCGUUCACCGACGACUCCCCGUCGAGGUUUAAGCUCGAUUUCAAGGUUGAAAUCCGAGGAAACCCUGCGAGGAGGUGGGAGAAUGUAUCUAAAAGACUUCAUGUAUACUUUCUAAGGUCCCGCGAGAAGACUUUAGCAUUUCCGCCCGGAGUCGCGGACCCGGACACGAGGUUCUCAACUAUUCGAGGUCGCUUCUCGUCGGGACAGGGCAUCAUCGGAUAGGUUAUUUCUCGCGCUUGUUGCCCAACGCUGCCUCGAGCUGUUUCGCUUCUUGCCUCGAAUGGAUAAUUUUUAUUGAUGUAGUUAAUUCACCCUAAGAGGCGCCAAACCACGCGACACUGUCCCGAUGAGUAAGAACCUUCAGAGACUGCCCUGUAUAUCCUAAUCCUCGACGAAGCUGCCGAUCACCUCGAUCUCCAUGUUCGAGUCACGCGUUGUACUUCUCAUUUUUAUAUAUAUAUUAAUUAUUAAUUAUUAUAUUAUAUAUUAUCGCGCACUUCACAUUCUGCGAGUCGUUCUGUUAAUUAGUUUUCGCUCUGUUAGUUAUCUUUGGCGAAGGCACCAGCGGCAAAGCUGACGACUGCCACGAGACGGUACUUUUCCGGGCCAAAAUAUUUUUAAAAAUUGGACCCUGCAAACGUUUACGCUUCGUGCCAACACUGCCGAGUUAACCGAUGAACCUAGGAUGUUCAUCGCUGCGAGUUUCUUAUGAAAUUCAUGCUGCCAAUGGUAACGACUAGGAGAAAUGUUAGCGAUUCUUGUUAACGAGAUAGGCCUCACUUUUUUAGAAGCGUAUGAUCCUUGCAUUGCAGCAAGGAUGCUACUUUCAACUUUCUAGGACAACUAAAACAUGGAUUUCUGUUCUCGCUUGGAUCGAGAUCGUUCCGGAUCAAUGUCAGGCGAUCUUGGUUUUUUUUUUCCCCUUUAUUUCUUGCGGAUGAAUGAGUAGAAUGUAUGCCGUCUCGUGGGGUGGUCGAAUCUUUAUCGAGUCUAAUACUCGUAACCGUGACUUACGUUAAGUUACAGUUCUCAAAACCUGUAUAUCGUUACCACGCCGGUCGACAGGUUCGACCUGUUCCAUCGCUUCUGCUCGCCGCACUUCGUCCUCGUUUUCUUCCUUUUUUAUUUCCCUUUUCUCUCGCGAGUCCGCUGCGAAUUUUGUUACCAGACACCGACUCAAGCCGAACAAGAGCGGGACUCGAUCGCGACUGCCAUUUCGCUGGACCCUGUCCAGAGCAUCAUCUUAUUUAUUUUCCGAUCAUGUCCACCGAUACCAGCUAUGCGACAUAGCUCGAAUAAUACUACAAACGAAUCGACGCUUAACGAUUGUUUCCUAAGGAUCCGAAACUGUACACGUAGCGAUAAGUCGCGGCGAUUUAGCCUAUGCCCUCACUCGGCCAGUCGAACGAGUCGACGAAGUACGAACCGUAGUCGUUCCUCGUUCUCUCCAUACUUUCGUUUCGACCAUUUAUCGACGCAAUUCCGUGUCGAGCCCUUAGGUCAAAAUGAAUUAGCGCAAGAGCCUCGUCACCUGCGAGACCUAGUUUUUCAUGUUUUAGCUUCUUCGGCAUUAAAAAAAUCGCGCUUGGGGACCUCGAGAGAAGGGAGGCAGGACCCGUUGCCAUCCCGGUCCUCUCGGAGCCCCUUUUCAGGGCCCGAUUUGCGAUCGAUGUUUCCUUUCGACCGGCUAAUCCAAGUGUCUCGCAUUAAUAACUACGUGAACCAUCAUGCCGACCAUGUUCAGUCAAUCGAACCUCCAUUUUUCUGCAUUUUCCUCCCUCAAUUGCGAAAAUUGUGUUCAACCGUACGCGCAAAAUGGCGGCUCGAUCGGCCGGCUGACCACGCGGCUCGCCCUCGUCGGAAGGAAACGUUUUAAGUAACUGUGAUUUUUUCAAAUGUUUUAUACAUUAUAUAUAUUGAAUAUAUAAAUAUAUAUAUAUAUUAUAUGUAUAUACACAUAGAUAUACCACUCACGUGCGAACAAUGUCAUCACUUGGUUUAUGAACGCGCGGCCUACCUGUACUCUGAGAAGAAAAAAAUUAAUUGAACCAAAGAAAUAUAUUUUUAAUUCAAAGAAUAAAUCAUCUAGCUCAAAUAAGAUGUCAUAACUCCGACGAAACGUCGCAUUCGAUUUUAUUCGAGUCAAGUAAAUAUUCUUUGGAUUAACAAAAUGUAUCUUUGGGACUAUUCGGAUAUUUCUCUGGUUCAAUGAAUUUUUUUUCCGGGUAAGGCGGCCGAAUUGCUGUUUCGCUGUGUUUAUACGAAUCGUAGCUUUUUACUAGACUAACAUAUCCGUAGCUUAGGCGAUCGCGCGAGGGCGGUCUCCGAUUUUUUAAAAAGUUGUUGUUUAGAAUAAUAAGAGGCGAUGCGUAGACGGAGUCGUCGCGUGGAUUCAGCCUAAACCGAACGGUCCCCGCGCACACCUCGGGAAGCGGCGAACGGAUCUUCUGUUUUUCCUUUUCCAUUUCCCUCUUUUUUUCCCGCGAGAGAUGCUAACAGCGAAAAAUGGCGAUAACGCAAAAUUUGUCCCCGGCUUUGUUUCGCCACCUGGAAAAUGCUAGCUCUCGUCGUUGUCCCGGCUUUUCGAGCCGAGUCGUUGUUCCUCGUUGCUUCGUUGUUGCAUUUCCUACUUUUUUUUUUUUUUCUUUCCUAGCGGCCGCCGGUUCCCCGGGAACCGCCGGAACGAUAUCGAGAGAGAAUCGGAAGAGCUCUUUUGGUCCGAUCGAAAAAUUCCUAAUCUGUCUUCUCUUCGAAGCCGAAAGGGAUAAACGCUAAUGGACAAGAUAUCCCUUUUAAUUAUGACCCCGAAGAGUGACUUGCGAGUCGGAUCUCUUAGGAGAGAAUAAAAUUAUGAAAUCUAGAAAUGUUGGGUAUUGUGCACGAGUGGUGCGACAAGAGUGUCAUGUCUAUUGAUUUUUGCCGUCAUUCCAUCGACCGGUCUACUGGGUACCGAGAAGAGUGCACUCGAAGAGACAGUUAAAUGAAUCGCGGCGGGUUGGAAUACGUUUCGCGCCACUUUUGACGAAUUCAUCCGCUUCUCCUUGGUUCCCUCAAAACCGCCUAAUAAAUCCGCAAAAUUUGGCCAGGAAUCUUGCGGAACGCCCCGAUACUCCGGGGCACUUUCCUCAAUCCCGGUAUCUACGGAUCGAUAACAGUCUUCCAUUUAGAGAAAUUUCGUUCCGUCGUCGUAGGGAGGGAAACGCGAGUAAAAGGAAAUGACCGAUUGAAAUUCGGUACCGAUUACGUACACCCCACUCCCGAAACACGACGACCCUUCAGAGGGGCAACAAACGAACAAACAAUAAGGUUCUUAUCUAGUGAAUAAAGCAGCAUAAAAGUGA